AUGACCGAUGAAACCCCAUCUCAGACCGCCAAGUCCGCUGAGGACCGCAAGGCCGCCUCAGCACUUGAGAACCUCGGCGCCGCCGACUCUCCCGCGACACCACAAAACGUCGACGCCGAUGCGGCCAACAAAGCCAUCAAGAGCCUCGGCGGCGCUAGCAAGGCAUCAGCCGCUGCCACCUCCAACAAGAACGUCAAGGUCGACGCUGCCGAUGUUACCCUUCUGAUUGAGGAGCUUGAUAUGCCCAAGCAAAAGGCUACUGAGCUGCUCAAGGCCAACGAGGGCGAUGCUAUCAAGGCUAUGAGGGCGUUUGUCAAGGCUUAA